AUGUAUAACGUAGUCCGAACACCGCAUCUUCUGACGCCAACAAUAGUCGUGCUAAUUCUGUUGUUUCUAAUACCGACGUCGUCGGAAAAGGAAGUUGACUGUAACACCUUACGAAUGGGGCAGUUCAUGUGUCCAGACCCGGCACUACGGCAAAUCGAUCCCAAAACACAACAACUUCGUGGAUGCACCCAGGAAAAUAAAGCACGUGUUUGGUGCAUUGCUGCCGACGGCAUCAUAUGCAGUGAGACGAAGAACACCAGCUUCACGCGUGAAAUGGCGUGCAAAUGGACCAAUGGCUAUCACUUCGAUACCGCGUUAUUACUUUCGGUGUUUCUCGGCAUGUUUGGUGCAGACCGGUUCUACCUUGGAUAUCCGGCACUGGGGCUACUGAAGUUCUGCACCCUAGGCUUCAUGUUUCUGGGCCAACUGGUAGAUGUCAUUCUGAUAGCAACGCAGGUUGUCGGACCCGCCGAUGGCUCAGCGUACAUCAUUCCAUACUAUGGUCCAGUCAUUACGGUCGUAAGAAGCGAUAACUGGACGUACCGACUACCGCAGGACAACUGGUGAUUGCUGGCAAACAUAUUCCGGCUAUCCCAGUGGCCACGA